AUGUCAAAUAUAUUCGCUCCUGUCGAUCUUUGUCGGCUUUUGGCGGAUGAUUGUACGAAUAGCAAACGAAUAAAAAUGGUGACAUUAACUAUUUUGAUUUUCGCCUUGUUUUCACCAUUGGUCAUUGGCGCUUCUGACGAUGAUAUCAAUUUGUUAGUUCGGUCAUCGGCGAAUUCUACAGUUCGUCGUUAUUGUGUGGAGCUGGCAAAACUACCUAACGGUCGUACUGUCAAUGUUACCGAUUUUGGUUGGCACAUCCCUUUCAUUGCAUCACCAGCAGUCAAUGCUUGUAACAUAACCGAUCUAGAUCAGUCUUUACCGGCUGAUUUGUCACCAAAUACUAUUCUUAUUGUAUAUGAACAUAAAUGUAAAAUGACGGAACAUGCUUGGCAUGUUGAAACGAAAUAUAACCACAAAAUACCACUAAUGAUACUAACGAAUCGUUCAAAUACUCAUUACGAGCUGUCCUAUAAUACUACAGAAAUGCCUGUCUCAAUACCUGUACUCAUAUUUCAACAAAGUGAUUUGAACAAAAUUAACAAAACCUAUGGAAGUCUUGAAAACAUCGAAUUGUCCAUAAAUUAUCCACCAGAGAUGCGAAAUAAAUUUCGUCCAGCUGUCCUUUUAAUGUUUCUGUUGGUUUUUCUCAUAUUAGUCUCUGGAAAUCUCUGGGCAGCGGACGAAUUCAAACGAAAAGUUGCAAGUCGACAUUCGACUUCUCAAAGUGAAUCGACAAGUGUGAAUAUUCCACAAAAUUCGACCGAUUAUCAAAACUUUCUUUCGAACGCCAAUCCUGAAGAACUUGCGACACGAGCUUUGAAGAAAUCCACGUCUUCAGAAAACAAAACACCGUCGAAUAACGAGCCUGCAAUCAUUUACAUGCCUUACUGUAUCAUUGCAAUGAUUUUAUGUUUUGCAAUCGGCUGGCUUUUACUCAUCUAUUACUUCCCCAAAGUUAUGAUAUAUGUUCUCCAAGUAAUGUUCUGUAUUGGUGCCUUUUCUUCAUUAACGUCAUGUCUCGAUCGUCUAAGUUAUCUUGUACCAGUUCUUCGACGUUAUCGCAUCCCAUCGCAUACCUGUCAUAAACCAUGUACCUGUCAAUUAGGCCCAUUAAAUCUCUUCACAUUGUUGGCGAUGAUAUCCACAUUGGCUAUUAUCGUUAUUUGGUAUAUCUAUCGUCAUGCUGAUUGGGCAUGGAUCCUGCAGGAUAUUCUUGGUGCAGCUAUUUGUAUAACAGUUACAUCUGUCUAUCGACUUGGCAAUAUGCGCGUGAUUACAUUGAUAUUACUUGGCUUUUUUUUCUACGAUAUCUUUUUUGUAUUUAUUACACCAUACAUUCCGUUUUUUCAACCUUCACAUCCAAUGAGCACAUCGACAAUAGCUCCAACAACGACAACCGGUACGCCAAGUAACGUUUCGUCAACUAUACAAUUUGUCGGAGGAAAUCGGAAAGUAUCACGCAAUCCGUCGGUUAUGGAACAAGUAGCAUUAGGGAUCGGUACAGAUGGAGAAGUUGUUCCUCUUCUAUUUGCAUUACCAAUGUUUAUACCUGAAGCUGAACUUGAUCCAUGCUUAGUCGUGAGAAAAUCAAUGCUCGGCUUCGGUGAUGUGAUAUUACCGGGUAUACUAUUGACGUUUUGUAAAAUCUUCGAUAUUGCCAAUGGCAAUAGUUGGCCAGUGUAUUAUAUUCAAUCCAUUGUCUCAUAUUUUAUUGGUUUAUCAUUGACUCAUGUCGCACUCUAUUUAAUGAACAUGGCUCAACCGGCACUUCUCUACCUCGUACCCUGUAUAUUACUGUCAACAAUUCUGACCGGUUUAAUUCGCGGCGAAUUACGAGAGCUCUAUACCGGCCGACGAAUUCAAUCCUUACUCGAUAGUAAACCGAAUAAUACGGAAACAUCUCUUUUAGCAGCUUCAGAAAACUCGAUCGCUGAACAAGCGAAUCAAUCAACUGAUGUUGUUGUUGGCAUCAGUGAUGCAAUUGGAGCAGCUAGUGGAGUAGAAAAUCGCUAA